GAUCGAGAACUAACAUAGAGUCUUGUAGCUUGCAUUCAUGUACACACAUCCAAGACAAUUAGUGAAUGCAGUUUGUGGAGGUUCCGAGUUGUUAAUGUGGGAUAUUGACAAGAUGAUAACAACAAUUGACUUUGAAAAAGGAAAUUACCUUUGGGUCAGCAAAAGAACGGUGCUUCAAGACUUGCAUGUAUCGGAUGAACAAUUUCUCGAUAUCUGUAUUUUAGCUGGAUUUGAAUACUGUCCUAGCUUUCCUCCACUCAACACUUCGCAUAUCAGUUUUACAUUUAAUGGCGUGCACGAUUUAAUUAAGCAACACAAGACCGGAUUUAACGCAAUCCAAGCCUAUUCUGAUAAUCCAACAAUUUCUAAAACGAAUUAUAUCGAUACAUUUUGUCGUACACGUUGUGCCAUCAAGUAUCAUCUAGUCAUGAACGAGGAUUGUGAAGUGAAACCCAUGAAUAUUGAGAAUGCACCCAACGAUAUUCACGAAUUUAUUGGAUAUCGCUUACCAGAUGAGCUUUAUUACUAUUUGAUGCGUGGAUUAAUCGGACCCCAGGUAAUAAAUAGACAUGUAAUGACACACUCUGAUGAUAGUAACACACAAGUAUAGUCUGUCAAUAGCCUUGUUUCAGGAGUACUAAUCGAAAGCGCACCUCUGGACAAUGGCGAAUCAAUUGAAUACCAUAAUUUUUUAACCCAAUUACUUAAUAUC